AUGUAUACGAACCGAGCUCCCGGAAUCAACACUUGGAUGGCGUCUGCGAGAGGAAACGGGAGGAGCAUCCUCUGGGCAGAUGACGUAUUUAUCGCAUCAAUAGUAUCAACCCUUCAGCUACCUAUUAAAAACAACAACCGCAGCUCCGACAACUUUCGCAAGUUGAAUGUUAAUUACGACAGCCAACUAUCUCGGAAUUUAUUACAAAAUUACGAUUUCAGAACGACCCUAUUUUCAAUGCUUAGGCCGAUGGAUAUUGUCGCCCUCGUCAUGUCAACAGGUAUUCGAUUAACUCGCCUUGAGGUUGCCAAAUAUAUGAUUCCAUGGAAGCAGUUGUUUCAUGACCUGAAGUGGGUUGAUGAGUUGGAGGAAAAGAGUUGUACGGCGACUCUCUUUGGUACAUCCAUCGCUGAACUUGCAAGCGCAAUUUGCAACUGGGAUUAUUCGUUCGACCCGUCUCGAAUGAAGUUUCUAGUAAUUGUGGGACAAGUAGGAAAAGAGAUGAGAAAGCAAACACCGUCGUGGACUUCACACAUCACCGAAUCUUUCGACACAGGGGUAGUGUGGUAUCAGGUGCCUUCAUUCCAACACAUCCUAUCGACUUUGAGUACAUCGGUACUUCUAAGCACUAUUGAUAGAGCAGAGGCUUGUGUCUUGUUUCUUGAGAAAGGGUCUCAUUUUGACUUAGACACCUCGUGGUUUGAUAUUUUAGCGACAACGAUGGGUCCACUACGAUUGUGCAGAGUUGGGUCCGGUACUUCUUUCCCAGACCCAACGGAGUUGUGGCGGAUCGAAUCGCAACGUUUGAAGAACACUCAACUUGCCGAUUCAUGUGAUCUUGUACACAUGUAUCAACCAGUCGAUCCCGCUCGAUUGGAAAAGUCUUUUGCGCGAGUUUAUUGUGAUGUGGAAGGGGGGUCGAGUAUUGUUGUGAACGGGCCGGACGCUAGUAACUGGUAA